AUGAAGUAGAUCGAUUAAGAUAAGAAUUAGAGCAUUAAUUAUUCAGAAUUUGUAUUGGCUACAUUUAAUAAAUUGAAACUUAUUGAAAAUUCAAGAUUGGAAUAAGCAUUUAGAAUAUUUAAUAAGGAUGGAAGCGGCUCAAUUUCAAUUGAUAAAAUCAAAGGAAUAUUUGGAUGUAAUGAUUCAGGCUGUUAGCGAUGA